UAAAUAAUAUUUAAAAAUAAUCACAAAAUUUAAUAUUUUAAUUUUCAAAAUCUUAAAACAUUUUUUAAGUAAUUUAAGAGAAAAAUGGCUCGUCGUGAACGUAACCGUAUGGAUGAACUUUCUGGUGCUGAAUAUUUGGCGAGUAUUUAUGGGACAGAAAAAGACAAAGUUAAUUGUUCAUUCUAUUUUAAAAUUGGCGCUUGCCGUCAUGGUGAAAAGUGUUCCCGGACUCAUAAUAUUCCUUCAUUUUCGCAAACUGUGCUUUUAAAGAAUAUGUAUCACAGUCCAAUAAUUAAUACACAAUUAGCAGAAGCAUAUUCGAAGCUUCAUUCAGCAAAUGCUUUAAUGCUAAAAUCUGGGGAAGAAGCUGAAAUUGAGCAGCGUUAUUUUGAAGAAUUUUUUGAAGAAGUAUUUACUGAACUUGAUUCAAAAUAUGGAAGGAUUGAAGAAAUGAAUAUUUGCGACAAUAUUGGUGAACAUAUGAUUGGGAAUGUUUAUGUUAAAUUCUAUGAUGAAGAGGAUGCUGAAGCUUGUGUUAAGGGACUUGAGAAUCGUUGGUUUAAUGGUGAACCUAUUUAUGCGGAACUGUCACCUGUGACUGAUUUUCGGGAGGCUUGCUGUCGACAGUAUGAACUGGGUGAUUGCAGCAAGGGAGCCUUCUGCAAUUUUAUGCAUUUAAAACCUAUUUCGCGUGAACUUCGCCGCCGUUUAUAUGGUUCUCGAGCUAGAACGCCUGAUCGUUUUGGGAAAACACAGCCACGCAGAGAUCGUGAAUGGGAACAUGAUGAUCGAACUGAAAGAGACGGAGGAAGCAAUAGACGUCGUUCCCGAAGUCCGAGAGCAAGAAGACAUUGACAAGGAUUAUACACGCCAUUCCGUUAAAAUAAAUGAAAUAAUUCUCUACUUUAAAAACAGCAAAAAAUUGAAGGAUGGUUAAAUAUUGGUGUUUUCUUUAGUUUAUUUUUUAUAUAAAUUUUUUUGAAGAUGCGUUUAUCAAAUCUUUUCUUUUUGCUGAUAAAAAUACAAUCUAAAAGAUAGUA